AAUGCUUGCUCUUGACUCGGUGCUGGUCAACAACAGCUGCUUUACCAGAAACCAGGAGGCGUCAAAGUUGGCGAUGUGACAAUACGCGACCCGACCUGUGAGAUCUUUAAUCGUGUGAGUGAGUGAGUGAGUGAGUGGGUGUGUGUGUGUGUGCGUGUGUGCUGCUCGUCCAUGGUGCAGCUGUGAGCUGCGGCAGCCUCUGAAAGGAGCACCAUGGCAAUGUGGAUCCAGGCCCAGCAGCUCCAGGGUGAGGCGUCUCACCAAAUGCAGGCGCUGUAUGGCCAGCACUUUCCCAUCGAGGUGCGGCACUACCUGGCCCAGUGGAUUGAGACCCAGCUGUGGGAUUCUGUGGAGUUGGACAACCCAGCGGAGGAGGCCAAAGCCAAGCGCCUGCUGGACAACUUGGUGGCCGAGCUUCAGAGGAGAGCUCAACUUCAGGGAGGAGAGGACGGCUUUCUUCUCAAGAUCAAGCUGGGCCACUGUGCCAACCAGCUCAAGAGCACUUAUGACCGCUGUCCUUUGGAGCUGGUGCGCUGCAUUAAACACAUCCUGCACUCAGAGCAGAGGCUGGUUCAAGAAGCUACAAAUGCCAGCUCUGAGGCUGGCGGCCAGGCAAUGGACAGCCUGUCACAGCGGCACCAACAGAUCAACCAGGCUUUUGAGGAACUUCGUUUGGCAACACAGGAGACUGAGAACGAACUGAGAAAGCUGCAGCACAGCCAGGAGUACUUCAUCAUCCAGUACCAGGAGAACCUUCGUAUCCAGGCACAGCUCAGCAACUUGUCUUCACUGCCUCCAGCCGAGCGCACCCAGCGAGAGACCACCCUACAGAGCAAGAGGGCCACUGUGGAGGCCUGGCUCACCAGAGAGGCCACCACACUACAGAAAUACAGGCUUGACCUGUCAGAGCAACACCAGAAGACCCUGGGCCUGUUGAGGAAGCAGCAAACUUUAAUCCUUGAUGAGGAACUCAUCCAGUGGAAGAGGAGGCAGCAGCUGGCUGGCAACGGGGGUCCUCAUGAGGGGGGACUGGAUGUCCUUCAGUCCUGGUGUGAGAAGCUGGCUGACCUGAUCUGGCAGAACCGGCAGCAGAUCCGGCGCUGUGAGCAUCUAACCCAACAGCUCCCCCUGCCAGGCCCCAUGGAAGAGCUGCUGAGCAAGCUCAAUAGUGACAUCACUGAUAUCAUCUCCGCCCUGGUUACCAGCACCUUCAUCAUUGAAAAGCAGCCACCCCAGGUGUUAAAGACUCAGACCAAGUUUGCAGCCACUGUGCGCCUCCUGGUGGGCGGAAAACUGAACGUCCACAUGAACCCACCACAGGUCAAGGCUGUUAUUGUCAGUGAGCAGCAGGCCAAAGCUCUGCUGAAGAAUGAGAGCACACACAGUGAAAGCAGUGGAGAAAUCCUCAACAACAACUGUGUGAUGGAAUAUCACCAGGCCACUGGCACCCUCAGUGCACACUUCAGAAACAUGUCACUGAAACGGAUCAAGCGCUCUGACCGUCGAGGUGCAGAGUCAGUGACGGAGGAGAAGUUCACAGUUCUGUUUGAAUCACAGUUCAGUGUCGGGGGAAACGAACUCGUCUUCCAUGUCAAAACCUUAUCACUGCCUGUGGUAGUGAUCGUCCACGGCAGUCAGGACAACAAUGCUACAGCAACAGUCCUGUGGGACAAUGCCUUUGCUGAGCCGGGCAGGGUGCCAUUCAUCGUGCCAGAAAAGGUGCUGUGGCCCCAGCUGUGCGAGGCCCUGGAUAUGAAGUACAAGGCGGAAAUGCACAGCGGGCGUGGCCUGUCAGAGGAUAACCUGGUCUUCCUGGCACAAAAGGCUUUUUCAAGCAGCAGCAACAACCCUGAGGACUACAGCAAGAUGACCAUCUCUUGGGCCCAGUUCAAUCGGGAGAGCUUACCUGGACGCAACUUCACCUUCUGGCAGUGGUUUGAUGGAGUUGUAGAGCUCAUGAAGAAACAUCUCAAGCCUCACUGGAAUGAUGGUGCCAUCCUAGGCUUUGUAAACAAGCAGCAGGCACAGGACAUGUUGUUGUCCAAACCCAACGGCACCUUCCUGCUGCGAUUCAGUGACUCUGAGAUCGGAGGCAUCACCAUCGCCUGGGUGGCUGAGAAUCCCAACAAAUCAGGGGAGAGGUUGGUCUGGAAUCUGUUACCUUACACAACCAAGGACUUCUCCAUUCGUUCCCUGGCUGAUCGCAUCAGUGACCUGAACCACCUUCUGUAUCUCUACCCUGACCAGCCCAAAGAUGAGGUUUUUGCCAAGUACUACACCCCUCCACUCUCAAAAGCAGUAGACGGAUAUGUAAAACCACAGAUCAAACAAGUUGUCCCAGAAUUUACCACCCCAAACCCUGAACCCAGCGGAGCAACUCCUUCAUUCAUGGAUCAGACAGCUUCUCCCUCUGUGACCCACCCCAACAACUUCAGUGUUUACCCUCCUAUUAGUGACACCAUGUUGGAUGCAGAUGGAGACUUUGACCUGGAGGACACGAUGGACGUGGCCCGUCAUGUAGAGGAACUGCUCCGCAGGCCCAUGGCCAACCAGUGGAGCAGCCAGCAGUCCUGAACCUGAAACCUGAUACUGCUGCACACCUUCAGGUCUACUUAAUCUUAUGCAGUCCUUUAAUUCUCUCCGAACUGCAGCCACAUUAAGAGAUGUCCUGGGUUCAUUUGUCCCUCUGACAGAUCAACAUUACAAUUCACAUUCAUCAUGUUUCUGCUGCCCGCAGAAGAUAAGAAAUGUUUUUUCUAAUCAAUAUUGUCUCAGUGGAGAUGGUAAACCAUGUUUUCAAGAGUCAGCUUUAUUGGCAUUGGACAGAGGACAGGGCCUGGUGUUCUCUCCGCCCAUCAUAGUUUCUCAGGACGGUCAUGAAGACCUGGGUUGGGUCAAUGGGAUUUUUAUACACUCAGUUAACAUGGGUUAAUGUGACUGAAUGCAGAAAAACCGACUCUCUUCUCUCUUUGUCAAUAAUUAAUAAUAGUUGUAUACUUAUUACUAUCUAUCUAGUAGUAAGUCCAUAAAAAAGUGAGACUAUGUAACUUUAGCUGAACAUCAGCCACUGUGAACACCAGCAGUAUUUACAGGAUGAUGGGAAAUUUUAUUUCCCCCUAUUUUUCAAAGUUUAUCUUUAAUCAUUUGCUUUAGAGCCACUUAGCAAAACAAGUCUAAAUCAACAACCAUGCCUCCCAUGUAGGGGCAUUGCAGUUACCGCUGUGUCAUUGGCUUUAGACAGGUUUAAACCUGUCAUGCUGGAAACUAAAUCAAGUAGUGUCCUGGGAAGCUGCAGUUUCAACUUCACCUGUGGUUCAGUGUGAGCCCAGAAGCUGUGUCCUGUAGAAGAAACCAUCUGAACAACAUGAGGUUUUACACAAACAUGGUUCAACGUCUGGUUUGAAGUUGGAACCUGGUAGAACUUAAGUUUCUGUCAUUGAGCUGAGAGUAAUCACUGGUCAUGUUUCCAGUUGCAGUUGGGAUCUCUGGUUCCUUCACUUGCUUAUCUUACUAUUUGCUUGUUCUAUGGUUUAUGAUCAAUUUAAACACCAACCAACGCCAUUGCUUAUGUAGACUGGCCAGCGGUCACAGAGAUAGAUGAAAGCUCAGAUAUUCUUUCUCCAGUAAUAGAGAUUAAAGUACAAAAAUAAUAAACAAUCAAAUAAGACAACUGUCAGCAACAUCAUCAUUUUGUAGUAUUUAAUAGUGAAUGUUAAGUAGUGAUUAUAUAUUGAAUUUGACUCAGCAAUCAGAUUCAACCCAGAAAGUCCCUGUUUAGCUAAACCAGAUCAAACCCUUAGCUGCGCUAUUCAGAUGCUUACUGACACAGCUUCAGUCUCUGUGUAUUAACAGUUGUCUGUAACAUACUAAAACAAAACAGUAAAUGCUUAACAGUAGUUCCAGUUGUAAAACGUCAUACAUAAGUUUCAAGACUUUUGAAUUACCCUCUCUAAUUCGAUGUAUGUAUAAAUAUAUGUUGUCAGAAUGGAACCUUCGGUGUAUAUAAUAUGCCAUGAUACUUUUUGUCUGCCUGGAUAAUCGGAGAGCAGAUCAGGACUGAAAAUAACAGUUUUAUUAUCUUAUAAAUGUUUUCAUCAUCUAUUAAUUCAAUUAAUUGUUUUGUCCACAAAGUGUAUAAACAUUUUGAAAAAAAUCUCAAUUAUUUACCCUCAGACAUCCAAAGCUAAAAGUUAUAUCUUUGAAUUGUUCAGUUUUUCUGACCACUUGUCCACAAUUCAAAAACAUUCAGUUUACUGUAAUAUACAUCCCCACAUGUGAGAGGAUGACACCAAUUUUAUUUGCAUUGCGUCACUCAUUUUUGCAAGGAAAGGGCCAUUAAUUGAUCAUCAGAACUCUUACUAAUUGAUCCUUAGUAGAUCAGAUACAUAACCAUCACAGUUCUGAUCAUGUGUGCAGCUUUGCUUCUGAAACCAGAGAAAGAAUUAUCCCACCCACCUCAGCUGCAGUUUGUCCAUUCUGCUCAUUAUGAUGAUGAUGAUGAUGAUGAUGGUAAUCUUUUUCUAGCUUCUCCGUUAUCCUGAAAUAACCUUCAGUAAACGUUUCUGUGGAAAUUCACUGCUCCGUAGAUCUCUCCGUGCCUUUUGAAUUGGUAAGGACAGCACUGUCCAUCAGAACAUUUGAAAGCCAUUGUCCAUAACACUGUACUACUACCAGCAUCCAGGGAAAAUCUCUCAUAGAACACAACUCACCCAUAAUGAAGUUAACACAGCAAACCUCAGGAAAGUCACUGUGGGGGGAAAAAGGCAGUUGUGUCCAAAUCAACGAAAUGAUUUGAGUGUAUAUGGGGACACUAUGUAACUCGUGUGCUGCCUUUACCUCUUACGCUUAUUGUGAAAUAAAAGCUGAAACACAAAACGUUUUAUUUUUACUAAUGCAGUAGUAGUUCCCCUUUUGUCCUUGAAUCAACCAAAUAUGUGUAUCCAGCUCACUGCUGCUGUGUUGUCCGCUGGCUUCUGUAUAAUCUGCCUCAUGUACUUCCACAUUGUGCUACACUUUGCCGGAAGUUUGGUGUUUGGAUUUGACUUGGAAAUAAAACACAUUUUUUAAUUAA